AUGCCAUCCGGCAUCUUCCAAGGUUUUUCACAAGCGCUGUCGCAAUUGGUGGCAGAGCACAUGGCGCAAGCUGAAGCAGGCCGGCCUGGGGACUCGGGAGGUGGCGCCGGCGUGGACAAUGUCGACCACUUUCCAGCUGCUAUGAAAGAGUGGAUGGCCAAGCAUGGUCAAGCCCGUGCACUUCUAGAAAUUGCGCCGCCGCCAAUGCCAGAUUUCUUGCAAGCCCCUCCGAGCCAAUGCCAAAACCAAGCAGAAGGGGCCGCAGUGACACACUCCCAAGAAACUCAUGACCCGUCUUCAAUUUUGCAGCUCUGGCAACCAGAUUGGCUACCCCGCCUCUUUGACGAUGUCGGCACGGUCACAGUGGUACAAGACAUGUGUGAAAGACCCGCUACGCUCGCAGAAGAGACCUCGGCUUUCCGUCGAAAAGUUGAUCGAUCCUUUGGAUGGCACGGCAAAGUCUUGAAUGACCAGCAGAAGUCCCAGCGCGCAGCCGCACAAACGACCUUGCAGUCCCUUGCCUCCACAAUUGUCCAUUCAGAUCUACAUGUCACUUGCCUGGUGCCGAGAUUGUUGGCGACGAGCCCCGAUGAUGGCAAGUCUGAGCUGUUGCAAUGCAAGGUCUUCGCUCUGGUGGCCGGCGAACUCUAUCGCAGUCACGGAGGACAACUCUUUGAGUAUUGCAAUGGUGCAUGGGCCCCUGCUUCCCAAGGGCUUUCCUCAGUCAACCUCGAGUUCAUCCUCCAAGCCCUGCGCAGAUCUCAAGCAUACUUUGCCGUCAUGGCCCAGAUGAAGCCCAAAAGGACCUACGAAGACAUCGUGUUCGAGAUCAAAGCUAUCCAGCAAGUGGGUCUGGAGGACGUACUGCUACAGUGGCAACUUCAAGACAUCCUGCCCCGAAAGGCCGAAGUCAAGGCCAGAGAGUGGCUGUAUGGUUUGUCCGAGUUGUGCCGCCAUUUGCGGCAUCAGUUUGACGAGCACUCCAGGACAGGAAACGUCCCACAGACUGACUCCGGGACUAUCGUCAAAUGUUUUCAACGUUGGGGCGAUGAAGAAAUCCGCAGCAAACAGCAGCCCGGGCUAUGCUUCCAAGAUGCUUUCAUUUCUACUGUGGAUGGACAACCGCAGCAACUGCAGAAGGAUGCGCGGCAUGGAUGCUACGUUGCCAUCCCCACGUCCAUCUCGCAGACACCUUCCAUGGACACACGUCGACGCUAUGCCAGCAUUCUCUUGUCUUCCUUUGCAGGCUCGGCUGGCCUUCAAGUCUUACUCAAUCAAUGUGCCCUCGUGGUGGCCCGGGUGAGGCAGCCAGAUGUGCUCCACAUCGUUGUGGGCUGUGGACAUGAUGGGAAGACUUUGAUAUUUGUCGACCACAUGCAAGCUGUGUUUGGCAGCGCUUUCAGCUGCGCCCCGUGCAGUAUGCUGCAAGCGGACCGUGAAUUUCAGGUCCAGGGCGUCAACUUCAUCCAUUCAUCUUUCCUGACUUUCGAUGAAUGCAAAAGAGAUCAGGGAAUCAUGGAGGAUACCGUGAAAGUGUUCGUGGGUGGGGGUUGGCUACCAUUGCGGAGAAACCAUGAAGCAGAAACCAAAUACGGACACUGGGCACAUUCCGCCAAGGUGUGGGCUACGAAUGUCGGAGAUAUCCCGCGGGUGCCCACUGCAGAAGAAGUCUCGCACCAAAGGCGCUUCCGCUGCACCUACAUGCGGUCCAAGUUCACGGCCAUCCAAGAUGAAGUUGAUGUUGCCAACAAAGUCUUCCAAGCAGAUCCCAGUGCCAAAGAGUUCAUGGCCUCUGGCGCCGCUAAACUCAGAGUAGAGUACCUCAAGGAGUCCAUCCUCGAGUUCCCCCAUCUCAUUCGGUCCGUUGAUGGCCAAGUCCGUGCUGGGAAUGCGUUGGACCGCUUCGAACGUCGAUGUUUGAAAGUUGACGCCUGGCAGACUUGCCUCCAAACAUGCUUAGGUGAAGCUCGGGUUGAAGAAAUUGCUGGUACUUGGCAAGAUUGGUCUUGGCCACAAGCUGCAGAAGCUUCACUGGCAGACACCAUGGAUGACCCCACUGGCCUUCCUCGUGGUGACUCUUGGACCAUCUCUUGCAACAUCAACCUUGAAGGAUUGAAGCAGUAUGCUGCAUCCACACUUGGAGAGAAGGGUUUGCACGCCCGACAAGUUGCAGAGAUUUGUGAAAGAGACAACGAGACCGUCGGAGACUUGGUCACUGUGAAGACUACAGGGCAUCAAAAACAAGUGGCAGGUGAAUCGCUCGGACGUGUCUUCUUUCCAUGGGUGAGCUUUCCAACCCUAUCUCGUUCCGCCAGAAGCUACGGCAGCCCACUGGGGACAAAGGAGUUCGACAUGCCCAAUGCUGUGAUCCACUUUGCCCUCAAGUUCGCUGAAGAGUAUGCCAUGGACUUGCCGUGCUUUCGGCGGUAUCACGCUUUCAAAGCUGAAUGGCGCCAAGUGGUGAUGUCUUGGUUCUCCUUCUCAGAGCAUGAUGCCAAAAAGGCGCUCCUCAUGGCCUCUUUUGGCUUUGCAUUUCCAUCUCGCGCGGGCGGUUCACCUGUGGCCUGUCCCUUGUUGGAGGGCCUCGCUGCAGAUGCCAUGAAGUUGCGGGCGGUGCUUUGUCAAAAAUUCCCCUCGGUAGUUCAAGACAUGAAAGCAGCAAAGCGCCCGCGGCCCGAAACUUCCGCCAUGGCUUUCUUGCUUUUUGACAAGGAACACAAAGCAAUGCAGCUGUUCUGCGGCCUCCUGGCCAAACAUGGCUUCGCUCUAGUUGCACCAGUCUUUGACGCAGUGCUUGCUGUCCCGCAAGCGAAUCUGAGCAUGCCAGGUGAAGAAGUAGAUUCAGCAGCAAGUGAACAGGCUUUGCUGGAAGAUUUCCACAGUCAGACUGGAAUCAUGAUGCAGGUCAAACCACUGGACAGAAGCCCGCCCAUGCUCACAGUGCAGCAAAUCCUGGAAUCCAUUUUGGAAAACAAUGCUGGGAUCAGGAUGGGCGCGAUCCAUCACAUUCCUGGGUGUUACUCCUGUAUCGGCACUGCUCUCUUGAAUUUGUUCCCCGAGGAGGCUGACCCUUUGAAGGCCGCAACAUCCAACUUGCCAGAGCCUAUGUCCUACCAGCACAUGAUGCAGCUUUGUCCUCAAUUUUCCAUAGAGCCUGUGUCCUUGUCUCAAGCAGAGCAGUGCGGCGAUGGAAUGUGUUUCUUGCUACAUGCAUCGAGCUCAUCAGCCAAGGAUUGUGGCCAUGCAUACGGACUGAAGCUGGUCCAGGAAGCUGCUCACAUUUACAGCUCCGCCGAGGAAGAAUGCAUCCAAACCAAUGCAAAAAAGUUGUGGAAGCACUUGUCGAAAGCUCACGGGACGCAGGUUUUCCAAGUCAAUGUGCUCUCCGCAGACGAUCGCGCGGCCAAGAGGAGGAGAAAGGAAGCACCUUCGACUUGCCUGGAAGUCCAACUGAAAGCAGGAAUGGAGGCCGAGGAGGGCUGGAGCUCCGUGGCGCCACAAGUUCGGCCCAAGGGUCGGAGAGUUUGUGUCCUCUCGUAUUCUGAUCGCAUGUAUAAAGUAUCAUGCAUAUACCCCUGCGAGGCUUUGAGUCCUUUGGCUGCGCGUCCUGCCGGCACGGACACCCUGCUUUCCCAAGCUGCCAUGUGCAUGCGAGAUUGGGUCUCUUUGGACGCAGCUUCCCUUCACUUUGUGUCGAAGCAGAAUACGGUCGACAUGGCUUUGCUUCUGACCCGCGCUGGGCCGAAGUAUGUCCUCAAGCAGCAUACAGCCCAGGCACUCCGAAUCAACAAGAUGCUCUACAUUAGCAAUGACUUUGCGGACUUGGUGUUGGCCAAAGCCAUCAAGCACAGAGGCAAGAUCCACAGCAUGUUCAAUGACAUCACUACUGAGUGGGUUUGUCAAGGUAGUCCUUGUGCUUGGCUUGGGUGUCGCCGAGGGGACACACGCCAGGCCGUCUUUGAGCAGGUCAUGGCUUUGAAGCCUGUGCAGGCCCUGCGAACUGCUUUGAUAGCAACUGCCACCGUGCAUGCGGAGUGGGUGGUUUGCAGUCAUGAUGCGACCUACCAAGUCCUUUUCAGCGCCAUCGGACAAAUGCCCAUGCAGCAGAAAGAAGGAGAAUUCCAUGCUUUGCAUACCUUCCUUGGCCGGUCUGGAGCUGUCCCUGGUUUCAGCCUCCAGCGCACAGAAGGUCCGGAUAGUUUCCGCUCUGCUGUAGCCCAGGUGCUCCCACAUGAUGCCCGCAUGACAGUGAAGUAUAUGUUCUCUGACAAUCCUGCUUCCGUGGAAGGUUCCACUGAUGUCUUGCCAAACCUGGAAGCUGUUGCAGAAGAUGCCUUGCACUUGGUGUUGCGAGUGGAAGCUUGCACUGGUGAGAAGCGGACGGCCUUGUCAUCGAACCUACUCCGGAUUAUGCUGCGCUUUCGCUUGCCAUGUGCUGGAUCCUUCUUCCAUGGUGGCACUGAUGGAGAUGAUGAGCAUGAUGCAGGACAGUGGUCAGAUGGAGUUGCCAAAGAUGGUGUGCCAGCGGACUGGGAUUGGGAUGCCCGGGUGACAAAGCCGUACUCCGGCCACCAGGAAUUCAUCAAUGACAUCGAAGUGCUUUGUGCCCAACACUUGGACCAAAUGAAGCGAAAGGAUAAGAAGGGGCGUACAAUCCAGCAGGUCUUGAAAGCCGGCACGUCUUACACGCACUUCAGGUACCUGUGGAACGGUUCCCACAUCAUAGCAGCCCUUCACCAAGCCAUGCCCCCGAAGGAAGUGGAGCUCCUUAGCUUUGGCACGUGCAGCAAUGAGGCUUUGCACUUUCAGCUCAAAGUCUGUCAAGAGCAAAUCAUCCAGCAGCACAUCCAAACAUUUCCUCCGCAGUUGGAAGCAUUUAGCUUAGCAAAGCUCUUGGCGCAUCAUUCGGCCGCUUACUCUCCAACCUUGGCACAAAGAAAAGAAUCUGAGAUCUUAAGCCUCAUGCAAGGUUGGCUGACCAAAGGCUUUCUCCCGCCGCUUGAAGAGGGGCGCAUCCAGCCAACACUUUCCAGAGAGGACUUGCGCAGACCUGUGCAUCAAUUGGACCCGCAGAAGGUGGCCAUCAGAAAGGACAAGGCAAGGGAGAAAGCAAAGCAAUGGAGCAAGGAAGUCCAGAACAGGAAGCUCAAGCAUCCGCAAAGCCGUCUGCAAAAGCCCGUCUGCAAACGCACCGUCUUUACCCAGAAGAAGCUUCUUGACUGCAAACAUCCACAUGUAGGCUUUGUUGCGCAAGCUGAGCAACAAUUAGUGCAUGGUACACAUGCGGCAGAUCAAAGUUCUGUAGCGCUACAACACCCAACGAUGGUCAAACUUAGGGCUUUGUCCAACCAGCUAUUUCUCCUCUGA